AUGUCAGAAAAAGAAACAAUCGUCGUGAUCGGCGCCGGCGUCCUCGGCCUCACCACCGCACUAACAAUCCAACAAUCCCUCCCCCCCACUCAAAACAUCCUCCUCAUCGCCCGCGACUUCCCCUCCACAACAUCCAUAAACUACACCUCCCCCUGGGCCGGCGCCCACUACCGCCCGGUGCCAGGCCACACCCCCCAAGCCAUCCGCGAAGAAUCCCAAGCCCAAUACAGCUACACCCAAUUCCACGCCGAAGCAGCAAACCCCGCCUCAGGCGUCUCCCUCACAGAUGCAGUCGAACACCUCGAGAACCCACCGGCUGAAUAUCUCGACGAGUCUGUGUUCGAGAUCUACGCGCAUCUCGAUGGCUUCCGCAAAUUGGCUCCUGGGGAGUUACCGCCCGGCGUGAAGUGGGGUGUCAAGUAUCGCACUUUCUGUAUUAACUCGCCUGUGUAUUGCGCGUAUUUACUAAGAAAAUUUAUCCUGCGCGGUGGAGAGACGAGAGAAUAUACCCUUGCGAAUCCGAAAGAGGCAUUCUAUCUCGCGGGGACGGGGACGGGGAAUGUAAAGACCGUUGUGAAUUGUUCCGGGAUGGGAUUCGGUGAUGAUAAGUCGUUUAUUAUCCGGGGCCAAACAUGCCUGGUCCGCAAUCCAUGCACGGUAACACUCACGCGCCAAAACAGCGACGGCACCUGGUCCUUCUGCAUUCCGCGCCCGCUCGAAGGCGGAACGAUCAUCGGGGGCACGAAGCAGCCGCACAACUGGGACCCGAAUCCAUCGCCCGAAACUAGGGAGAGAUUGCUCCGGAACGCGGCGAAGUGGUUCCCCUUUACGGCUGAGAGUGGGGGGCGGUUUGAUGUGAUUCGGGAUAUUGUUGGGCGGAGGCCGGCCAGGGAAGGGGGGGUUAGGAUUGAGGUUGAGGAUGUUGAUGUUGAUUCUGAUGGACUGCAGGGGAGGAUUGUUCAUGGGUAUGGUGCUGGGGGAAGGGGAUAUGAGCUUUCUUGGGGGGUUGCGAGGGAUGUUGCUGCGCUGGUUGGGGUUCAGAAGGCGAGGUUGUAA